UGUGAUUUUCACGAGCUCAGCCCAAUGAUCAACCGCUAUUUUCGUUUUCAAUCAAAAUUUCGUGUUUCGGUUUCAGUUUACUUGGAUAGCGCCCGUUUGUACAAAUUAGAUACAACAGCAAAUUAAAGUCCAACCACGGAUCCGUGGUCCAUCAACCAAAGUCCAUUGAGGACAAAGGUCAAAGUUCAUACACAUGCUGGAAAGAAAAAGAAAGAUGGCGGAGCCCACGACUAGUAAAAGUGAAAAUGUUUUGGGUCAAAAAUGGGACAAGUGCGUAUCGGACACGUUACUAAAAGUUGGAGGUGGUCUUGGCCUUGGAGUUAUUUUCUCAGUGUUCCUGUUUAAAAGGAAGUUAUGGCCCAUCCACAUGGGAGGUGGCAUCGGGCUGGGGAUGGGCAUAGCCAACUGCAGCCAUUUAUUCAAGGAUCCUUACAAUGUGCAAGGAACGAUUGUUAAGGUGCUGAAAGACAAACCACAAGAGCCAAGUGCAAGUCCUGAAGCUACCACAACGAUUAUCACAACAGGAGAGACAACUAAUUCCUAAGAUUUAGCUAAAGCACUUUUACAUUAAGAGAUUACUUGUAUAUCAAUUAGUAUUCGUUGUUUUUUAAUUUUAUUUGACUGC